AUGGUCUUAUGCUCGCUGGCUUCCAGGCCACCCCUUUGCACAUUCCUUUCCAAACGUCUCUUUUCAACAUCAUGUCCAGUGGCAUCGCUUGAUUACUAUUUAACAAAGCCGCAAGGUGGAGAACACUUGCUAAGACUCAAUUUGAACAAAUCCAAGCAGCUUCUUGGUAUUACCAGCUCGCGUGGAACACGAAACCACAACGAGGAUCGUUAUCGGGCGGUUACUCUAGAGUUACUAGCCAGCUCCCACAUGCAGGCUAUGCGGCGUGACGCUAAUCGUGCCUAUUUUGGCGUGUUUGAUGGACAUGGGGGACCUAUUGUCGCGGAUUGGUUGGCAGAGCAACUGCAUAGUCGCAUAGAAACGGUGUCACUGAACGAUUUACCUCGUAUCAUGCGAUCAUUACGUACCUAUGGUGGUUAUUUUCGACGAUUCAAGAUACCCAAUUCAUUGAAUGACCUUGUGGAUGAAAAUAUGAAGCCCAAAGUGGACCCAGAUGAUCUUACAUUGGAACAACGGCUGACAUUGGCGUUCUUGGAGGCUGAUGCCGAGUGCUUGGAUCUACUUAAAGAUGAUGGCCCUGAAGGUUACCAUGAAGGUUCUACCGGCAGUAUCGCUAUCAUUGAGCCACAGGAUCAGCGACCUUUCUGGGAAAGUCAAGCUUAUGAUAUUAUCAUUGGUCAUGUUGGAGAUACGCGGAUAUUGUUAUGUGAUGCAUCCUCGGGUGAAGUAGUGACACUUACAACAGGGGAUCACCAUCCUGGAAAUCCAUUGGAGCAGGAUCGAUUACGCAAGUAUGCCGGUUUUGUUACCACUGACUCGUGGGGUGAUGAUCGAAUCCUUGGCAUGUUGGCCACCAGCCGUGCAUUUGGUGAUGCUAAACUGAAGCGUUAUGGUGUCUCAGCUGAACCCGACGUAGUACGAUACAGCAUUCGUAAAGACAAUCCGGCGGCAUUCCUGGUACUGGUGACGGAUGGAUUGACAUCAGUCAUGUCAGAGCAAGAAAUUGUGGACAUUGUAAAGAAGGGAGCUGACCCCACCAUGUCAACCAAGAAACUUGUUGACAUUGCUGAUCAAUAUGGAACAGAGGAUAAUUGUACAGCUAUGGUUGUCCGAUUAAAAGAUUGGGGGACUCGAAUGCAUGAUCUUACAGCUGAUUUGCGUGAAUACCGGCUAGCCAAUUCUUCAAUGAGCAACCGUCAAUCAUGGUAG